CAGAUAGCUGUGAAUCACGUUUUAAAUCGCUGCUCGCACGCCAAAAAUCUAUCCCUCUCUUCCCUUCUUCUUGCUAUCGACUGAUCAACAAAGCACAACAGCAGCAAACAGCCUCGUCUUCGCCUCACUGCAAUCCCGCCCCAUCUCAACAAUUUUCUUUCCACCUCCCGAUCCCUCGUGAUUCUGUUGAGGGCCCUGUAGGACUGCCUCCACACAGGGGAGCUGGACCUCGUCCAUCGGCUUGACGGCCUCAGUAUAACCUCUUGUACAGUUGUCUGAUCGCUGCUCUCUUGGGGCACGAUCACCAGCCCCGUCAAGACGUUUUCCAAUCUCCUCAACUCCGUCCACCACCCCUACGCCGGAGCCCGUUGCUCAGCCUCCCCGGGGAGUGCGGCGGACUCACCCUACACCCUCUGAGAUCCUUCGUCCAACUCAGCACCUAUCAUUGAACCACCUCGACGGGCCUCUCAGCCUCUCCUGCCCACCUCACUGCCUUUUGGCACAUCACUACCUGACGUGACACCCUAGCAUCCCUCAUCUAUAAAAGGGUCCCUGUCUUCCUGCCUUUUGUAGCCUCGAAAGCUGCCCUAUCACGCAUCGCUCUCAUAGAUUCAGCCAGGCAAGCUCCUAGGUCGCCAUCUUCCCAGCAUCCGCAUACAUAUCAUUAUCGACAUCAUUAUCGAUAUCAUUAAUACCAGAAACCUCCAACCUCCAACCUCCAACCUUCAAUCUGGAAGAUGGCACCUCACGCUGAAACCGAGCCUCACUCCCCCAACGGGACGGGCAACGGCCUCUGGUCCGCCCAGGGCCCGCCCCCCGCGGCGCCCAGGGAGCUCUUCACCGUCGACUCGCCCAACGUCGUCUACACCGACGACGAGAUCCGGUCCCGGUACACGUACCGCACCACCGAGGUCGCCAAGGGCGCCGACGGCAAGUACACGGCCACGCCCCGGCAGACCGAGUACGCCUUCACGGUGGACCGGAAGGUUCCCAAGGUCGGCGUCAUGCUCGUCGGCUGGGGCGGCAACAACGGCUCGACCAUCACGGCGGCCGUGCUGGCCAACCGCCGCGGCCUGACGUGGGAGACGCGCGAGGGCACCCAGAAGCCAAACUACUACGGCUCCGUCAUCAUGGGCUCGACGGUCAAGCUGGGCACCGACGCCGAGACGCGCCGCGACGUCAACAUACCCUUCCACGACGUCCUGCCCAUGGUGCACCCCAACGACCUCGUCGUCGGCGGCUGGGACAUCUCGGGCCUCGACCUGGCCGCGUGCAUGGACCGCGCCGGCGUGCUCGAGCCCACGCUCAAGCAGCAGGUCCGCAAGGAGAUGAGCCGCAUGCGCCCGCUCCCCAGCGUCUACUACCCGGACUUCAUCGCCGCCAACCAGGGCGACCGCGCCGACAACCUGAUCCCGGGCGACCGCGCCUGCGACGCCCACGUCGACCGCAUCCGCGCCGACGUGCGCGAGUUCAAGGCCCGCAACGGCCUCGACAAGGUCAUCGUGCUCUGGACCGCCAACACGGAGCGCUACGCGGCCGAGGUCGCCGGCGUCAACGACACGGCCGACAACCUGCUCGCGGCCAUCUCGCGCGGCGAGGCCGAGGUGUCGCCCUCGACCGUCUUCGCCGUCGCCUGCGUGCUCGAGGGCGUGCCCUUCAUCAACGGCUCGCCGCAAAACACCUUUGUGCCCGGCGCCGUCCAGCUGGCCGAGCGCCACGGCGUCUUCGUCGGCGGCGACGACUUCAAGUCGGGCCAGACCAAGAUGAAGUCGGCACUGGUCGACUUCCUCAUCAGCGCCGGCAUCAAGCUCACGUCCAUCGCGAGCUACAACCACCUGGGCAACAACGACGGCAAGAACUUGAGCUCGUACAGGCAGUUCCGCUCAAAGGAGAUCUCAAAGUCGACCGUCGUCGACGACAUGGUCGAGGCCAACUCGGUCUUGUACGCGCCCGGCGAGCACCCGGACCACACCGUCGUCAUCAAGUACAUGCCCGCCGUCGGCGACAGCAAGCGCGCCCUCGACGAGUACUACGGCGAGAUCUUCAUGGGCGGCCACCAGACCAUCUCGCUCUUCAACGUGUGCGAGGACUCGCUGCUGGCCUCGCCGCUCAUCAUCGACCUGGUGCUCGUGACCGAGAUGAUGGGCCGCAUCAAGUGGAAGGCCGUUGGCGAGGGCGAGGGCGAGGGCGAGGGCGAGGCUGCCGAGGGCGACUACAAGAGCUUCCACAGCGUCCUCAGCGUCCUCAGCUACAUGCUCAAGGCCCCCCUGACCCCGCCCGGCACCCCCGUCGUCAACGCCCUGGCCAAGCAGCGCGCCGCCCUGACCAACAUCUUCCGCGCCUGCGUCGGCCUCGACCCGGAGUCCGACAUGACGCUGGAGCACAAGCUGUUCUGAUUGGGCUCGUAGAGUCGCUCUUUCUUUGAGACGCUAGAGGAGGUGGUGAAUUCGUUCCUUCUUUUUGGAGGUGGCCGUGACGCAAAAGCAAAAUCUUUCGUUAAUCAUCUUGCUAUUCAGUAUCAUUCUCUUUUUGAGGAGGCCCGUUCUUUUUGGACGCUUCUCGCUGCUUCUUCUCAUUGAGCGACCUCGCCCGCUCCUUUUUCUACUUGAAUCUAGGAGCAUAGGACCCUGUCGCCGCUCGUUUAAGACAGUUGAUAAUUGAGCAUAGGACCCUGUCGCCGCUC